AUGGUUGUAUUUAGUCAGAUUGAAGCAGGUUUCUACCAGGUUAAGGAACAAAAACGAAGAAGAAAUACGACAAUCAAAGAUGCUUUAGCUCCGUGGAGCUACAGGUUCGGGUUUGUGUUGGAUGAACAAUUAGCGGCGGUGUCGUCGUUUGAACGCCUGAGAGCGUGUGUGACCUCUGAUGAGCACGUUGCGCCUGUAGACGGCGCUCACACGAGUCAUAACGCGCCCGUGUCAGUUCAGCGUCUGAGAGCGUUUGUCACCGAGCGACUGACUGCUGCUGCAGCAGAAAUCCUCGGAGCCUUUGAGAAAACCAUGGAGGAGUAUGAAGCAGAGAUCGGUCGGCAGCGCAGGCUGCUGGACGUGGUCUGGAGACCUGAGGUCAGGCUGCACAGGCUGGGAGAGUUUUCACCCCAACAUGUUUGUAAGGAGGAGGAGGCUCUCAUUGACCUCCAGCUCUGGAACCAGGACGUGGAACCUGGUGUGGACCCGUUGGAGCCAGAACUCCCACAGAACAAAGACCUGGAAGAACUCCACAGCGGUCAGAAGGGAGAGCAGCUGGUUCUGAAGCAGGAAACUGAUGAUGUUACCAUCAUUCCUAGUUCUGAGGAAUCAGAACCAACCAGUGAGCUGCUCUCUAACAGCUCUCCCACAUCAGACACCAACAGUAAAAGUCACACAGAUAAAAAGACUUUCAAUUGUGUCAUUUGUGGGAAAUCAUUCAAGUAUAAUUCUAUUUUUCAGAGGCACCUGAGAACCCACACGGGUGAGAAGCCACAUGUGUGCGACACGUGUGGAAAAGGAUUCAGUGAAUCAUCAUAUUUGAAAGCUCAUUUAAAAGUUCACACAGCUGAGGGGACUUUCAAAUAUGUGAACGCUCACACAGAUCAAAAACCUUUACCCUGUCACACCUGUGGGAAAAGAUUCACUUACUUAUCACAGUUGAAAAUCCAUUCCAGAAUACACACAGGGGAGAAACCAUAUUGUUGCCAGACCUGUAAGAGAGCUUUCAGCACAAAAAGCGUCCUGACAAUCCACAUGAGACGAGCGCACACGGGGGAGAGGCCGUAUCCCUGCACCUCCUGUGGGAAAAGGUUCCCAGGAUACGCCGACCUGAUCAAUCAUAAUCGAGUCCACACAGGAGAGAGGCCAUACACCUGUGAGACAUGCGGUAAAACAUUUAGACAAGGAUCAACGCUACACAACCAUCUAAAAACCCAUACGGGCGAGAAGCCGUACAUUUGCAGCAUUUGUGGUAAAAGAUUCCUUCAGGUGGGAAACAUGAGAAAUCACAUGAAAACUCAUAAAUAGAUAAAUUCUCAAAAACAUACAUGACAGCCUAAAUAUGUUUUAAAUCAAACCAAUCACCAUCAUUUUUGAUUUUAGGAGUAUUUCCCUUUGGGUAAAAGAGUUUAAAUGAGGUCACUGGUCUGAAGGCUCACCUCUGUAUUUCUUGCACUAAUGCUUGUUUUCAGUCCAGUUAAGGGAUCCGUGUCAGUGAUGUUGUCAGAAAAUUGUGUUUGUGCAUAAAUAUUAUUGUAACAUAAACAUGAUCAGAUUUCACACAUCAUGAAACCAAAUAAAAACAUUUGUUUGGUUGAGUUUCAAUAUGUACAUAACUCAGUUCAUAAAAUGUGUGUUGCGGAACAUACAUUAAAAAACAUCUGUGUUCUAUGA